AAUAAGGAAAUAGUGACUGGUGUGUUGUAGUAUAACAGCAAAAACUGAAAAUUAAUUCUAAAUAUAUAAUUAAUAAAUUCAUAAUAAAUUGUAUUAAUAUACAUAAUCUUAAAAUGCGAUACAAAACAAACUAAAAAUACAUUGAAUAAUCGUUAUAUGAAUUUAAAUAACUCAAAAAGAAGAUUUUUUUCUGCUUUAUUGAGUAGAAUAGGUUAACUGUCAAGUGUCAUUAAAUUAGGUUCAGAAAAAUAUUAAUUCAAAAUGUUAAUUUCGAGGGGUCUCACUACCCUCAGGGCCCUUAAAAAUUUAAAAAUAGCCCCGGUACACCAAUCUGUAAGAAACAGCGGACACAGUGUAAAUUACCGAAAAGGAGCUCCAGAAGCCUCAAGAACUGUUAUCUGGGCUGCUGAAGGCGUUCAAGGUUUCAUGUGGUGGUGGAUCCUUUGGCAUUUGUGGACAGAACCUGACCAUAUUCUUGGCGAAUUUCCUUAUCCAGAUCCUUCCAAAUGGACAGAUGAAGAACUGGGUAUACAAAAGUAAAAUGUGUAUAUUUGUUAAUAGCUUCAGUUAGUUGUAAUAAAUUUUUAAAAUAUU